UCAAGCGUGCGGUGUUCGGUAUUACUCUAGAAUCUAAGGUCUCAUCUCAAGCUUUCGCAAAGCACCUCCUGCUCUCGGGAUUGAUUUGGCUGUGUAACUUUAGACAGGUAGUACUCGCAGACCAUAAGAUGCAAGCAAGGGGCUGACUUCAAGAGCGCAGGCUUUCGUCAGCGCAGGCUUUCGUCAGUCGGACAAUUCAUCGCUAUACCUGACAGAUUUAUUGAGUUAACCACGACAGUUUGCUAGACCAUGGGCAACCAGUUCGGUUGUUCUGGAAGGGGCGAUGUGGCCACAGAGGCCGAGGAGAAGUCCAACGUCCCCGGCGAGGACACGAAGCCGAAACAAGAACAACCGACAAUCGACUUCGACUCUCUUUCUCGCGAGGGAGCGCGAAGGGUGUUUAUAAACAAGCUACUGGGGAUCACUCCUCCAAAGGCGCGAUCGGAAGAUCCAAGAAGAGUCGCGCACGCCGCGAAACGCAGCACUUCCGCCGCGUCCGCGUCCACCGCAGAGCCAGGGUCGCGGGGUUCAUCAUUGUCAUUCGAAGAUGCAGUGCCUCCUUCGGCACCCUACACACAACAAGGGCAGUUGCCGUCCCAGAAGCAGGUGGAGCGGGCGCAGGCGCAGGAGCUCGAGGAAUUGUGGGACGCGUGCAUUGGCGGCUUCGGGAAUAACGAGAUGAAAUCUUACGAUGCCGAGACGAAAGAUAAGGCCACACUGCUCUCAAAGAUCUUUCCAUCCUCAUAUUUUCGGCAAGCGUACCUUCUGGGUCUUUCGCAUCACUUUAGUAACAGCAAUCGGAUCAAAAAGCGGACUCACCCUUUAUUGCAAGUCGGUGACCUCUCUCCGAGUCCGAACAGCGAUCGGGCUGUUCACGGUCAUCCACAGCCUGGAGGUGAUAAAGGUGCUGUCGAUGAUGCAGGCAUUGAUGUUGAAGAUAAGGUCGCACCAUCAUCACCCCGACCGGAGCAGGACGACAAGUGGCGAAAUAAUCUCCGAGACCUCUGGCUGAAAGCGGCACACGCGGACUACUACAGCAAGGAAGUGUAUCCUUGCUAAAAAAAAAAUAUGUGACUCUGGAUAUUCUGAAAAGUGCGAAACUUUUUGAUAGCUAAAGUUCAAAAAUUUGAAUUUUUCUACUCGGACGGCGUUCAUUCGGUAGCUUAACCGGUCACGUGCCCGAUCUUCCCAUAUGCUCCUCUUUUGCAUUGUUCUUGUUUGGUUUUUGCCUGCGGGAGGGGAUUUCGGCCUCUAU